CCUUCAGGUAUGGAAGCAGUUAAAUGAUUGCCCUUCACGACACGAACAUGUAAGAAAAAAGUAAGAUAAGGACUUGGAUACAGAAAACAGUAGGAACAAGUGUCCGAUACAAGACCACAACAUCAUUAAACUGAGUAAAAAAAUAACGAUGUCACACAACAAUCAAUUCCUUGGUCUUCACUCUCACGGACGCCUCUACUCCAGCCUAUUUAUCAUCGGUCGCUUGCUCUUAGUGCUGUCAGUCUGGCAUCGAGAACGACAGCGUGAAGUUCCUGCUGGUUCUCUCGCUGCUCGUGAUUGGAAAUCUCCAAUUGGCAAUGGAGGUGAGGGGCCGUGCCUGGUGUCACGGCGUGACUGUCGCUGUCGCGGUGCUUCCUGAACGCUGCGUCGUCUCCUGACUCAUGCACAACAGUGGCGUCAGGCAUAAAAUAACUCAUGGCUGCGGCAAAUCGAUGCUUCCUGCUGGGAGUUACUUGGCAUGAGAAGGGAGCCUGCAUGGAGAUUCGCGAAGCGUGACCUGGAGUGGCACCAUAGAGUAGGCGAGGAGACGCACCCCCCGGCGUAUGCCCCCCAUGAUUGAUUGAUUGAGUAUUAUCGAUACCUAACGGCAAUAGCUCUUGUAAGUUUAUAAAUAAAUUCUAAAAAGCUCAGUUGUAUUAGACAUCCUAUUUUUAUAUCUUAACAUAAACAUAAUGAAAUAAAGAAAGCUGCAAUAAGCCAUCAGGUCUAUGUGUUCCAAUCCUUGCAUGAAACACACCUACCUGUUUCCAUCUAUCAUUAACAUCCAUAACUUUGUCCAAUUUUCUUUUAGAGCUCCCUAAUGACUCAGCACUAACAACCUGAGUCCAUUCCACUCAUCUAACACUCUAUUAGAGAACCAGUUCCUCCUUUUUUUCUUUUAAUUUAUCUUUUUUUCAAGUUUUAACCCAUAAUUUCGUGUUUUAUCUUCAUUAUUGAUCCUGAUAAUUUUAUUUUAUUAGGCCCUCUCUUAAUAUGUACCUCUAUUAUUUUCCUAUGUAAGAAAGAAAACCGACCAAAGGCAACAAAAUUGUAAUAAAAAGUGUCUACUGAGGUGCUGAUCCCCAAACAAGUUGAAAAGAAAAUAAUUUGAAGGGGACUCCAAGAAUGCACCCUCAUUCGACACGUCGGAGAAAUAUAUCAAUGGACACCCGCUCUGCCAGCCACCAGUCUACCUGAGAACAACGCCAUGGAGUCAUUCCUGGCCACCCUUCUCUCCAGCUCGGGCUGAGUGCCGCAACAAUCCUGCAGGAGGGGACUUCCCUUAAUAAAAGGAGCACCAUUGACACAUCAUGGCCAGUAGUAGAGCGUUUCACCUCAGGUGUAGCCUACUGUUACUCGAAGCCUAAGCUGCAAGGAAGGUGCAUCAAGGUGACCGAAAGUAUCCCAGACUUGGGCAUCUGCAACUUUGAUGACACCAUUAGCAGCGUACGGGUCACUGGCUUCUGGAUGUUUUAUGAGAACCGUGAUUACAACGCCGUGCCGGGUAGGGGUUAUAUCGCUUUCGGUAUAAACUCCAGCUUCAACCUCCCCACGUAUCACCAGAACAGAAUUUCAAGUCUCGCCGUUUUGUCAUAUUCGAUGACUCCAAACGAUCACUCCAUCAACUUGUUCGAGGGUCCUUCUUGCACCUUGGGCUCACACAAGAUAAUAACAAGUAAAAGGUCUUUUGGUUCUGCACCAAUGAAGUUCUCCUCGCUUAUUCUCCUUGGCAAUAGCCCAUGGACUUUAUACACAAAGGAACACUUCCGUGGGCUCCGAAUUUGUGUGCAUCCCAACGUCUAUUACCUCGAGAUGCAGCCUCGAAACUCGCAAAAGAAUUACAAAUUACUCUCAAAGUUCAACAUUGGCAUUUACGCUAACAUGACGAUGUUUGGCACCAUUGGAUCAUGUAAGAUAGGCUGCUUCUCCAGGAGAAAUGCUAACGAUGUGAAGUUGUUUCUGGGCCGCACCGAUACUGAGGACGGCUGGGGAAGUCUUAUCUACUCACACCACUAAACACACUACAAAUGGGUUUCCUACAAGUGGGCACUGUGUAUAAAAAAAAAUAUAUAUAUAAAUAAA